UAUAAUCAAUAAUCAUUAAUCAACGAUAUUCCGUCUUCUUUGUUUAAUUUUUUAUAUUUAUAGUACUUAUAGUAAGGCUCUCUUAUAGCUCUCUAGUAGUGACAGUAGUGGUCUCAAAUUUCUAUUUACCUACUCAUUUAUAAACGUAUUCAUUUAGAAAUUCAGAAUCUAAAAGUGAUAAUAAAUCAUUUUCAAAAAACUAAUUUAAUUUUAAACGCAAAUCAAACUUUCAUUAUGAGCAAAUCGAUUUAUGAUUCAGAAGAUCAAUUAGCAGAAAUGGAAGAAGCAUUUCAAUUGUUUGAUAAUAGAGGUGACAAUAAAAUACACAUAUCACAUAUAGGUAAUGCUCUUCGUGCAUUAGGUCAAAAUCCUACAGAGUCAGAUGUAAAGAAGUUUACACAACAGCAUAAAACUGAUGAACGCAUUCCAUUUGAUGUAUUUUUUCCUAUUUAUCAAGCUAUAUCUAAAAAUCGUUCCUCAAAUACUGCUGAUGAUUUUAAUGAAGGUUUACGGCAUUUCGACAAAGAUGGAAAUGGAUAUAUAUCAUCUGCAGAAUUACGCCACCUACUUACUACACUUGGAGAAAAACUUACUGAUGAAGAAGUUGAACAGUUAUUAGCUGGACAAGAAGAUUCUUUAGGAAACAUAAAUUAUGAGGAAUUUGUGCGUUCUGUUACAUCGGGUUAAAUGGUUUAUCAUUUUUUACUAUUUAUAUUUUUCUAUUAUUUAAUUUAAUGUUGUAUUUAGGUAAAAAUAAUCAUUAAUCAUUAUAAACACAUUUUAAAUUCAUACUUUUUUAUUAUUUUGUCACCAGUAUACUAGGGAAAUAGUAGCAAUUAUUUGUAUGUAUAGAAUCUAAUAAAAUCAUUUGAUUUAAGUUUA